AUGCCAUCACUUCAUAUCCCAGCAUCAACAUCAGAUACAUCGACCUCGACAGGAGGCUCCAAGUCAUUGUCAACGACGCCAAGGACUGGAUCACCAUCGGAGCCAUUGCCCCACCCAAGCGGCCACUCAUCCACAUCGACAAUCGCCUCAUCGGCCACGGGUUCAUCAUCAACCACCACCACUUCAUCGACAUCCACCUCAUCCUCAUCAUCGACCACAUCUAAACUCCCAGCAUCUUCACGUACAUCACAUUUGUCCACACCAAAGAAGCCUGUUGGUACCAGCUCAACAUCGUCAUCAUCCUCAACGACUGGAACACCUUCGGGACUCAGACCCGCAGCUGCAAGGCCCCGUAUCUCCGAUGCAGGUUCAAAGCCCAACGAUCCAACCGUCACCAUCCGCGCCCUUCAACGUGAGCGUGAGGAGUUGAUGAACAAGCUCCACGAUCUGACGAACAAGUCAGCCGAGAAAGACCUGCUCAUCGUACAUCUAAGCGACAGUGUCGAGAAGCUCAAGCUGGACCUCAAGACGGUGACGCACGAGCGUGACACCCACAAGCAACGUGCAGCACGCUUGGAGAGCGACAGGCUACAUUUGGAAGAGCAGGAGAGCGACAGGUUGAAGCAGCGUCUCGAGGACACCGAGGGCAAGCUCGACUUUAUGACCGAGAAGUAUGGUCAGCUGCUACAGCGCUACCAGGGUAUCCUUGGCUCUGUUGACAACAGCGUGCACACAUUCAAAGGAUUCAUGGGUCAGACCAGUCAAGACUACAAGGAGAAGGAGAAAGAGAACACUAUGCUCAAGAAGCAUAUCCUUGAUCUACAGGCUAUCGUUGUGAGUCUGGGAGGAUCAUGUCCAGAGUCGACUGUACCCCUUGGAGGUGGAGGACAUAAGCAUCCAAACAACAAUGGCGACAACCAUCAUAUCAACAACAACUCGAACUCAUCUGGCACCAACAACAUCAACAACAACAACAAACAUGUAACAUUAUCAUCAACAACACCAACAUUAGCAAAUGGAAAGACGACAACGACAGACAUUGGCAGUGGCGGCAGACACAACAACAACAGCGUACACUCAUUGCCAAGCUAA